GAAAAGUGCCUAUAGCCUCUCUCUCUCCUCUCUUUUGCGAUAUUCAGUCUUUGUAUAAGGGGCUAGGGUUUUUCCUCUUCCUCUCUCCCUCAUUUGGAUCGUCUCUCUCGCUCGAUUCUUAACUUGGCAGGUUCCUGAUCACUUCGAACAGAAAACAUGCCGAAGAACAAGGGAAAGGGAGGAAAGAACAGGAAGAGAGGAAAGAACGAAGCAGAUGAUGAGAAACGUGAGCUUGUUUUCAAGGAAGAUGGUCAGGAGUAUGCCCAGGUUCUCAGGAUGUUAGGGAAUGGUCGGUGUGAGGCGACGUGCAUAGAUGGGACAAAGCGUCUAUGCCAUAUCCGGGGGAAGAUGCACAAAAAGGUUUGGAUUGCAGCUGGCGAUAUAAUACUUGUCGGUCUUCGCGACUACCAGGAUGACAAAGCUGAUGUUAUCCUCAAGUAUAUGCCCGAUGAAGCAAGGCUGUUGAAGGCAUAUGGUGAACUUCCUGAGAACACUCGUCUCAACGAGGGUAUUGCUGGUGGCAUCGACGAUGAGGAUGAUGGUGGUGCUGAUGACUAUCUUGAGUUCGAGGACGAAGAUAUCGACAAAAUUUAGAUUUCGAGUAACUUUACAUUUGGAGUUCAGAGUUGUGUGGAUGGUUUGUUAUAUGGAUUUGCUCCACUGUUGUUGUACCUUGUACUCUCUGCUGGGGGAUUGGUAUUUAUUGCAUAAAAUCUUAUGUUAUAUAUACAUAUAAAUGCGUAAUUAUAUUUGCCUUCUA